CAUUUAAUUGAAUAAACAACGGAACCAAAUUUUUAAAUAAGAAGUUUUGACUAUUUUUUUCUUUUGCAAAAAAUAUUUGUUUUAAACUCUUUACAUAAAUAAAGCAAUGGAAUGCGAUAUUAUUGGUUCAACAAAUCCAGGAAUUGUAAAUAAUCUCCGAGUUCAACUAACGAAAACUUUUUUGAGAAACAACAAAUUUAUAACACUUGGCACUUUUUUCGCUGCUGACGCUAUCGAAUGGGAGGGUAACAUAGGUGCCUUUUGUAAAGUAAUUGGGGAGAGCAUGAUUUUCUCAACGCAAGUCACAUCAGGUGCGAAUCUCUUUCAAUCGAUUUCGAUUGGCCUGGAAAAAAGUCUUUUCCAAAAUACAACGCAUGAUUUGAACAUUUAUGGCUUGAUUUCCAGUGCAGAAGUGGAAGAAAUUUUUCGAUUCAAUUCUUGUCACAUCGGAUUAGAUUACAAUGAUUCUAACGGUCAUGGCGUAAAAGUGGGAUUUUCUUUUCUACCAAUACCAUUUAAUACUUGCCUUAGUGUGGCAGUCAGAAUCAAUCUAUGGACCUCAGUCAAUAGUGCGACGUCUCUUGACUUUUCAAUAAACGCAAGACGCGUGUUUGCUGGCUUUUUCCCCGCAAUGAAUGUGUUCAGUUGCGGUUUGGGGUUUAGUCACAAUUUUUAGAUUCCAAGUUCUUUUAUACCUGCGGAUAAAUGAAUGUUUGGGAUUUGCAAGAGUGCAUCAGAAAGUAUGUGUGUAUGUGUGUAUACUUACAAAAAGUAAUUUUAAAGAAAUAAUUAUUGUUAUAUUUGUUCGUAUGUUUUACUUUUAUUAAUUUUUGUAUUGUAUGUCAGUCUGAUUAUAUAUGUGUAUGUAUGUAUACUUUUAAAUUGUAAAUAUAUCAUAUUGAAAUAAAUAAGUAAUAAUAAAAUGAGA